AUGCAAACUGUUUAUUCUCGAAAUUCUAACAAUAGCUUCAUAAAACCUUCGGAGAUACGAGAGGCAGACAAGUCUAGACAUAAAAAGGCACGCACUCUUACUAAAAUCCAGGCCAAGGCGUUGGCUAAAAGAAGAUUAAUGCUCCGGAAAGAAGUUCAGCCUAAACUUUCUCAAAUUUUCAGAAAGAAAAUUAAUACUGGUGCACAAGAGAAAGAUAGUUUAAUUACCACUCAAGAUAACAAUAGCUUGCUUAAAGAGAAAGCAAUCAUUGAUACCUUUUCUCAAGACUUGAACUUGAUAUUUAAAACUAGACAAAAUAAAUUAAAAGAGAAAUAUUCUCAAAUGUAUUUAGAAAACAAAAUGCUUUCUUCAAAACUGGAAGAGAAAGAAAAUGUCAACAUGAGAAAUACCAGAAUGCUAGCAAUUUAUAAUAAAAAAUUAGAACUCCUUAUUCAUAAAAUCGACGGUUGCAUUACCUUAAAUAAUGAAGCAUUAGGAAAUAGUGAAACUUCUGCUAAUACUGAAACGGAUAUGGAACUGAAUUCAACUCAAAGUCAAAAAACUGCUAACAUUUUUAAUAAAAAACGAGUCCAUAAAGAUAGGCCACAAACAAAGCGGCUUAAAACAUUUAAAGAUAACUAUAGCACUCUAAAGGAAAAGGUUGAUAGGCUUAUUGAGACAAACAAACACCUUCAAGCCCAUUUGGAAAAGAAAGAGCCACAGAUAUCUGAAUUGUCAGAAUCAACAAAGGUAACAAAGUCUCAUAAAAGGAAUGAUGAUUUCAAAACAGAACUAGGGAAAGUUGAAAAACACACCUCAAAGAUUGGAUGAAUAAAAAGUGACCGUAAAAAUUAUAAUAUAAGAAGCCACUACUUUAGGAUCUCUAUCUCAAGUUCUGGUGAAAUGUCUUCUAUAUCAGGAAAAGGGGAAGGUGAAGGUGAAGAGAAUAUAUCUAAUCUAAAAAAGAGGCAUAUGGCAAUAAAUAAUCAGAACAGAUGAAAGGAUAUCAACACUUUUCAAAUGUCACAAUCAGUGAGCCAAAAGAUUCCAUUAACUUUACAAAAAUUUAAUGAUCUUGUUUCUUCAAAAGAAGCUAUAAAUUGAUCAGAAUGAGACACACAAUUCUGAAUAACCACAAAGAAGCAUCAUUGUCGAAUCUGUGGAAAAAUCUUAUGUGGAAAGUGCUCCAGAUUCACAAUCCUAUUCAAAGGAAGUAAAGCAAAAUCUUGUCUAAACUGCAAAAAAACAUAUGACGAUAGAGUUCGAGAAUAGCCAACAAAGUUUCAAC